AUGCCGCCAUUCCCUCCUCCCCUCCGAGUCGAGCGGUGUCGCUGUCCUUUCUAUGUGGCGCUGGUCACUCUCCUCCCAUAACCCCGCGCGCUGCCCACUGGGCCCGCCUCUCUGCAAACAUGGCGGCGGUGUCGGUGUUUCCCGGCGUGCGGCUCCUCAGUAUCGGGGACGCGAAUGGGGAGAUCCAGAGACACGCGGAGCAGAGGGAGCUGCGGCUGGAGGCGCGGGCAGGAGACAUCGCGUUAUAUAAUGCUGAAAACGUCUGUGUGUUCAAAUGCACCAUCACCAGGGAUACGGAGUGCAGCCGCGUGGGCAAGCAGUCGUUUAUUGUCACCCUGGGCUGUAACAGUGUCCUAGUCCAGUUUGCCACACCAGCAGAUUUCUGCUCAUUUUACAACAUCAUAAAGAGCUGCCGCUGUCCGGCCACGGAGAGAAGUGUUUUCAGUGAGCGGACAGAAGAGUCGUCGGCGGUGCAGUACUUCCAGUUUUACGGGUAUCUCUCUCAGCAGCAGAACAUGAUGCAGGACUAUGUGAGAACAGGGACGUACCAGAGAGCCAUCCUGCAGAACCACACGGACUUCAAAGACAAGGUUGUCCUGGACGUUGGCUGUGGCUCAGGAAUCCUCUCCUUCUUUGCAGUCCAGGCUGGUGCCCGCAAGGUGUAUGCGGUGGAGGCCAGCUCCAUGGCACAGCACGCUGAGCUGCUGGUGAAAAGCAACAAUCUAACCGACCGCGUUGUGGUAAUACCAGGGAAGGUGGAGGAGAUCUCCCUGCCAGAGCAGGUGGACAUGAUCAUCUCUGAGCCGAUGGGAUACAUGCUGUUCAACGAGCGCAUGCUGGAGAGUUACCUACAUGCAAAGAAGUUUCUGAAGCCUAAUGGUAACAUGUUUCCUACAAUAGGAGAUGUGCACUUGGCCCCAUUCACAGAUGAGCAGCUUUACAUGGAACAGUUUACAAAGGCCAAUUUCUGGUAUCAGCCGUCGUUUCACGGAGUGGAUCUCUCUGCUCUGAGAGGUGCUGCGGUGGACGAGUAUUUCAAACAGCCAAUAGUGGACACUUUCGAUAUCCGGAUCCUGAUGGCCAAAUCCGUCAAGUACACAGUCAAUUUUCUCGAUGCCAAAGAGACUGAUCUGCACAGGAUAGAGAUUCCGUUCUCCUUCCACAUGCUUCACUCCGGCCUGGUGCACGGUUUAGCUUUCUGGUUUGACGUGGCCUUUAUCGGAUCCAUAAUGACCGUUUGGCUCUCUACUGCCCCGACCGAGCCUCUCACUCACUGGUACCAGGUCCGCUGUCUCCUGCAGUCGCCGAUAUUCACCAAAGCCGGGGACACCUUGUCUGGGACUGUGCUACUCAUUGCUAACAAGAAGCAGAGUUAUGAUAUCAGUAUUGUUGCUCAGGUGGAUCAGACUGGUUCCAAAUCAAGUAACCUGCUGGAUCUGAAGAACCCUUUUUUUAGGUACACUGGCUCCGCGCCGUCUCCUCCUCCCGGGUCCCACUAUUCCUCCCCUUCGGAGAACAUGUGGAACACAGGAGGGGCAUAUACAAUGAACACAGGAAUGGGCAUGGGAGGAAUGCCCACGGCCUAUGAUCUCAGCAGUGUUAUAGGUGGAAGCUCAGGCAUCAGCCACAGUAACCUCAUCCCUCUAGCAAACACAGGGAUUGUCAAUCACACCCACUCCAGGAUGGGAUCGAUCAUGAGCACGGGCAUAGUGCAAGGAUCUGCAGGAGGACAGGCUGCUUCCAACUCCUCCAGCCACUACCCCGUCAACAACCAGUUUACCAUGGGAGGUCCUGCUAUCUCCAUGGCUUCUCCCAUGUCUAUCACCACCAACACAAUGCAUUAUGGGAGUUAAAGCUUGCUCAUCCUCACCUUUCUCCCUGCUGCCCUGUCCUCCUUAAACUGACAGUAUCAGGAUACCAAAUGAUUGCAGAGCACCCUCUCUGCUCCUCCUGCCCUUCCUUUUCCUCCUACUGCUCAGUCGCGUCUUUGCCUCCUCACCUUUACGCCUGCCCCUACAUCUUUUGCCUCCGAGCACAUCCUCUUGCUUUCUGAAUAUGGACUUGUACAUUUUUUUUUAUAAUGAAAUACGUUACACCCCCCCCUCACAUUAUGAAGGAGAAGGAACAAAAAAUAGCAAAUAGAGGGGGGUGGGGAAGAUGAUCGCAACGCUUGUACAUUACUGGAAAUUCUAAACCAAUCAUGUGUUGCUUCUCAAACUGUCGCCUAGCACAUGGAUUCUCCUCCCUCUGUGCAGCCUUAGAGUCAUUGCUGUGAAUUUGUAUCAUGCUUAUCUGUUAGGGGAAAAAAACUGAAUCGAUGGCUGGUGUAGGGGGUACAGGGCAAGGAGAGGGGGAGCAUUGCAGGAAUAGGGUAAUCUUGACUUUCCGUAGGCAAGGAGUCGUUUCACUUGUUCUGACUCAUGACCAACGCUUCAUAUAUAUUUUCUUCUUUUUGGAAGGCAACUAACAGAAUUAAUUACCUAAAUGAAGUUGUUAGAAUUAGCUGGAAGCCAACCACAAUCUACUUUCAUUGUGUCAUGAAACACUAAAUGUGCCCCCUCCCCCCACCCAGUAUAAUAGGACUCUCUGCCCUCUAAGGAAAGGGUCAUGUGAUGCUGAUGAAAAAUAAAGGGUUAGGAUGAUUGUUUAUCAUUUAAAGCCAAAACCCCCUAUUGAAAUGUGAAUUUACUUUAUCCCCCCCCUUCCUCUUUACAUGAACUGUUUCCGACUUUCCGUGCAACAGGUUCCGUUAUCUUGGCCUUUUCCUUCUUCCUACCUCUGCCCUCGUCGUUAGUGCAUGGUCACAAUGCAUCAAGAUGGCCCAAGUGUCCGUCCUUUUUAGGAGUUUUCUUUCUUUAAAAUUAAAAAAUGCUUGACGCCCCGCUUAGAUCCCCCAUAGUGUUAGAGCCAUGUGCUUGUAAACUAGCGAUGUCCCCUUUAAAUCUCCCGCUGCUUAGUGUGUACUCAUUUGCUCCUUUUUAGUAUUUUAUUUCUCGUUCUCUCUAGGGAAUUUGUCGUCUCGCAGGGUCCCUUGUUAUUUGUAACCUGUCUAUUAUUAUUAUUUGCGUCUCGUCUGUCCCGCGCGGGGCAGCACAUUGUAGUUGUAAAGAUGGGUUUUCAAAGUGGGGAGUCUCAGGACGAGUAGGAAACCGUUUCUAACACAACUGCUGUUCUCCCGUUUGCCUGUAGUGUUCAAUAAAGUUGGGAGGGAAUUUUUUU